CUUUUCUGCAGGUAGCCUGAGAAACCUCAAAUAGACAUCAGAUCUGUGAUUUUCCUGUUAGGAAAUUCUGUUGUGCAGAUAGGCUUUAUUUUUCAUCUUUCAGACGUGCGACUCCAGAGUAGUAACAGGCAUCCUUUUGAUACAGUUGUUGCUGUCCGGCCAGUAGCUAUGUCAGCUGACAUUUUGCAGCGGCUCAGCACCGUGACUGUGGGUGUCAAGCAACUCCGUCGGCUUCCUCGCGUCCCACACCUCUACCCUUCUCCCCUGUCAUCACCCAGCCCCACCGUCGCAGCCUCCCAGGUCCCCAGCCUGUUCCGGGAGCCCUACAUCUUAUCAGGCUACCGUCCCGUUCAUCAGGAAUGGCGCUGCUACCUCCUCAGCCUCUUUCAGAGACACAAUGAAACAGUGAAUGUGUGGACUCACUUGCUGACAGGCCCCGUGCUGCUGUUUCACUGGUGGGCCAAAGCAGGCGCCCUGGGGUACACCUUGGACGCGGCCUCUCUACCCCUGACCGUCUUCUUGGUGUCUACUUUAAUCACUCUGUUUCUCAGUGUGGCCGCUCACCUUUUGCAGUCACGCUCGGAACACGCGCACUACUUCUUCUUCUUCAUGGACUAUGUGGGUGUGGCUCUGUAUCAGUACGGUUGCUCUCUUGGCCAUUACUUCUACACAUCAGAGGCAGCGUGGAGGGAAAUCGUCGGGCUGCUGUUUCUGCCCGGGGUCGCUGUCCUUGGCUGGCUCUCCUGUGCUGGCUGCUGCUUCGCCAAGUUCAAAUACCGGCGGCCAUAUCCGCCGCAGCGUAAGGUCUGCCAGCUGAUCCCUUCUAGCCUAGCCUAUCUGCUGGGUGUCAGCCCCGUAGUCCACCGCUUGCUCACAGUCUUCUGGACACAGGAGCCUUCGCUGAUCUUCCAUGCACUGCAGAUCGCCUGUUUCCUGUCGGCGGCCCUGUUCUUCUCUUGUCCCAUUCCCGAGCGUUUCUUUUCAGGCCACUGUGACUUUGUGGGCCAAGGUCACCAGAUCUUCCACCUGUUUCUGUCCCUGUGCACCAUUUUCCAGCUGGAGGCUCUGUUCCAAGACUACGCCAGGCGGAGAGACACCAUAGUGGAAUUGUUUGGAGAGACACAGCUGUGGUGGGCUUGUGCAUCCUCCCUCGUCGUGUUCACAAGCUGCAUCCUGACGGCACUAAUUAUAAUGUGGCACAUGAACAAGAAACUGUUGAGUGUACAAGAGAGAGACAAGUGACAACUGUUUGGGACAGUAAUAUUUAUUUUCUGUUCAAAAGUCUGUAUGCCUGUGAAGAAUGUGAUAAAUUACUAUAUAAAGAAUCAAAUGUA